AUGAGUUCUAUCUUUUCCGUUCUUCACCGUAGUGAACGGUUGCUACCGGUUGACUCGGAGGAUAUUCUGAAUGCUUCUAAUCAGUACACCGUCCUCUGUGUAGAUUCACAGAAGUUGCCCAAGCUCUACGAGCACGUGAACAUGUAUUGGCAAGAGUACAAGCAGCGCCAUGGAUCCAAUUGCAUGAUCCCGUCAACUCGUGUUCCGGUGCGAUCAACCAACUUUCCCGAAGUCACCGGCCUCCACAAGGACGCCACGGAGGAGGCGGAUACCGACCCCCAUUCCCCCUUUGUUUCGACCUCACAACCCCCCACUUCGGGCCCAUCCGCGCCCACGCCAUCAAUUCCCGCGCCCUCUUUGAGCCCCUCCUUUGUGGAGGCGGACGCGCUGCGAUUCACGGCCUGCGCGAGGGCCGUGCGGCUGUUGUCCCCUUAUGAGCGCCUGAUGUGCCCGACCUUACUUUUUAGCCCGCUCUAUGCCCUCCAUCCUCCCUCUGUGGACGAGGCAACCCCCACCUCGAUGGCCUUAACCGCCAUUUAUCAGGUCACCCAGGUCGCCGUAUCACGCUGCCUUCCCGUCCAGGAGGCGCUGCUGUUCUUUUCCCUCAGUCUAGUCUAUCUGGAGGCCGUCCUGACAAUCAACCCAGACGACGCGCCUUUCCCCGAGGGCGAGGCCGCCAACGGGGCCGAGGCGCCGGAGAAGCCCCCUCGUACUCUCGUGGAUUUGUCGCGACGGCUUCGGGCGGUGGUGGGCGGCUUCGGCCUGGCGCCCGGCCCGACGUCGUCAGGCCGCGUUCCGGCCUCGAAUGGGACCCUGGAGCUGCUGAGGCUGGCGGCCGAGGAGUGGUACGCCCGGCGGACGCAGUCGGUGAGUCUGGGGAACCCUUUCGGGGACCGCGCGGUGGCGCUGGCGACGCGGGACCUCCUGCGCAUCGCGGCCUGGCGACUACCCAUUGAGGACGAAAAAGCCUCCGACAGCCGUCGGGGGGGGACUUGGGGCCGAAAAAACAACCCCGGCGGUGGUGGGGGGGGAGAGAGAGGGGCGCUGUUCGAGCCCUAUGAACCCCGCGAUAAGCCGCAGAAGGCGCAUGCCUUCCAUCUCCCCCCGUUACCCCAAGAUCCGAUUCUGAGCUUUUUUGUCCCGACGUGGCAGCGGGUCUUGACAGGGUGCGUGCGGGACCUGACGUGGCUGCGGGAGCUUCGUUCGGUUCUGAUGACGGAGGCCGGGAAACAGUGCGAAGCGUUAAUUCACGGAUCCCCCACAGCGGGCUGCCCGGCCUUGCCGACCUCCUCGUCGAGUACGUCGUUUGUCGUGUACGGGCCGAUGGACAGGAAGCUGAGAUGCAAUCACGCGGCGGGAUGGUACGGCUUCGAGGGUGCACUCCUGCGCUGCGGGGCGUGGAUUCGCACCGGAGGCCCGUCGGCGCCCUCUGGCAGCCCCAUAACUUUUCAAGACCCCGCGCUCGGGCUGAAUUCGACUGCCCGAGAGGCUUCACCAGAGCUCUUCGCGACCGCAGAGGAGUUGGCCGACCUCGUGAAUCGUCUUGGCAUCGUUCUGAAGGGUGGAGACCUGACGGUGCUGACAUUGCCGCGGCAGGAGGCGCAUCUGGCCCUUCGCGCGAUGCGGUCGGAUCUGCUGGACGCCUAUCUCGCCUGCAAACGGGGAGGGCUACAAGAGCUUCGUCUUCGGGCCACCACCGACGGCCUUGUUUUGGCUUACAUCCGAGAUAACGGCAGCGAAGUGAAGAUCGGGACGCCGGCCCAGAUCGUCGCCGCGGGGGCCGAACGUCGGCGUCCGCCCGAGUGUCAAAAAAAUGGCGAUCCCUCCCCUCUUCACCUUGGGGGCCGCCCCGCGCUGCUGCUUCAGAGGGUUUGGGAGGGCGGCUACGAGGAGGCCGCGACCCUUCUCCGCAGUGCCUGCGGGCGGCAUAAAACGGCCAGUUGGAUCCCGCUCGGCCCUUCUCUUCUUCGUGAUCCCUUUCGAGAGGGUGAGGAUGGGCCUUGUGAAGCACUGGCGGUCAACCGCGCGGGCCAAAAGGGGCCACCCUCCGUCCGCGCUUAUUCCCUCCUGCGCGCAGAGGAAAGCGCUCUUUUGCGUGUUCUGAGUUGCCACCCUUAUUAUUACCAUAUCAUCGGCUGCGGGGUGCGGAAGCUCGCCGUUCGCGACCCCGACGCCCAGCUGCUCGUCCAGCGCGUUUGCGGGCUUGUGGUGGAGCUCCAGCUGCGGGAUUGCUAUUCGGGGGCGCAUUUGGAAACCCUACGGACGCCCAUGCAAAUUGGAUUCACAUCAAAAGAUUAUCGCCCGAUGUCUCCUUUACUUCGCGCGACCGAUUCUUCUUCCAAAGGGGCCGGGUGGAGUAAGCUCCAGACAAUCCGUGAGCACGUGCACGGAAUGCUAAAUCAUUAUUAUACGGCCCUCAAACAAGAGACCACGAGUCGGAAGAGAAAGCGUGAACGGCAAGAGGCAGAUCCCCACCACGAAACUUUGAAAGAAGCCAACAAACCCGCGAUAACGUUGGGAGCAGAGGGGGGGCGAGGUGACAGGGCCCUAGACUUCGAUCAUGCGGAACCUUUUACCUUGCGUACGCACUUGUUUGAGGUCGAUCGAGCGACCAUCUUCUACGUCGUGCGCCACCACCCGCGGUACUACAGCCAGAUAAGAGGAUGCGGUAUUCGUGAGAUUUACAUCUCCACGAAGUCCACAUCAAAGGCCCCAACGACGAGUUGGGCGUGUGAUGCCGCAGAUUGUCCUGCCGAAGGGGGACCUUUGGAAUCGAGACGCGGGUGGAUUACGAGAAACGCGCGCCACAGGGCUGGCGACGCGGCCGGUGAUAGCGGGGAAUCAAAGGGCAUUAUGCACCACCCAAGUCCUGAUGCCAAUGGGCGGAUCACUGAAGUGCCUACUUUUGUUAUUGAGCGUGCAUGUGGCCGCUUGGUAGAGGUUGAUUUUGAGGAGUGUUACUCAAAUGAGCCACCAUUUAGGCUGCACCAACGCCAAAUUAUUGUUAAAGGUCCACUUAAUCAGACAAAACAAUCGAAUACAAGACAAACUCAAUCCAAUAUACGAUAG